UGUGUGGUUAAAAUUGAACUUCAUAUCCUGUAAAAGAGAUCUCGGUCAGGGAGAUUCACAAAUCAGCACUAACUUUUGCUUAAACAAAUGGAACUUACUCCAUGAACACUGAACACUUGCAGCAUUAGAUUAGACUCAGUGAGAAGUUCAUCAUGGCUACAAAAACAUUAAUUAAUGGACUUCCUACAUUAUUUUGGUAAAACAUAAACCUUCUUGACUAAUCAUCAACUUGCAAACAUCGGCCUAAUGUUUAAACAAUAAAUGGAAACAGUCAAGCUGGCAGAAUAGUGAAAAUACUAAAACUUUUCGAAUGAGGAUUCGACAAGUUCGACUUGAGAAUACAUAAAGACACCUCAAGUUCUUUAUCGCUUGGUCUUAUUUAGUGAAACAGAUAAUGCCAACAAACUCAUAUUUCUCAUAUACAUACAUAGGUGUUCGGGAGUAAUACAACAUAGUGUAAAAGUUUGCACCAUAGCUGUUCAAGCCACAUUGGUAAAUGGACCGUUCUGUUCACUAAUUCAACUAGAAUAGUUUGUGCUUAUACAGCCUUAUAGUUAGCCAAUAUCAUAGUUCUUCAAAAAAAUUUGUGCAAAAAAUUGCAUAAGAAUAACUAACAAUGCACUACAUUCUUAUCCAGUUUUAAACCUCACCAAUAAUAGAUGAAAUGCAGUUUUCAGUGUCCAGAUGGCACUCAAAAUAAGAAGCAUGAUAUCAUGUAGUCAAUUUUUGCGUCUAAAACAUUCAUUUCUACCAGAGUGCACUGCUUAUGCUUCCUGCAAUGCCUCAGGAAAGGGUUUUCAUCUGAUAUUGAAAUUUGAUCAAUGUAAAGAGUAUACCGUAUCUUAAUUAUUAAUUAUGGUUCCAGAAAAGUGGUUGCUGAGUCACUAGUUUCUUUUAUGCAAGUUUUCCACUUUUGGAAAAAGGAUUGCUGCCCCAGUCUCCUCCUAUUCAUUCGUGUCCUUGAACAUUGCCGGCUACAGACCAAUGUUUAGUAGAAAUUUCUAACUUUGGCUGACAAUUAAAACUUUUCCAAGUUGACUUCACUAACCAUUUCUUAUGGUCUAUUCCUUCCAUAACAUUCCCCACAUCAAUUAUUAUAACCCCAAUUAUAAACUACCCCACCUGUAAGCAUUCUAUUUUUCAUGAGAUUAUCCAAUUCUGAUCUAAAUUUUAAUUCAACUUGUAUAGAUUGCUGAUUGCCUAUGUAUGACUUCAUGCAUCAUGACAUACAGCCAUGUAUAGAUUGUACAUGGACAGUGCAUAGACUAAUACAUCCUGUUACAUAGAUUAAUAUAUGAGAGCACAUAAGGCCAAACAUAGUUUGGUGUCAAUCCUGCAUUUUCAUUUUUUGAGGAAUUCUACUGUACUCUAAUUUCUUACAAUGGGGCCAAACCACCUUUUUGGCUUUCUAUAAAUCCACCCCUUCCCACUAGUUUCCUUCGCCUUCAACUACCAUCAAUACUUCUUUCUACGAUCUCCCAUAAACUUAUUCCACAAACUCAUUUCAGAAAAUCUGCCCAGUUCCAUUAGAGCAAUGCAGCCCAAUGAGAUCAUUGAGCUUCAUUUGUUAUUUCCUUCCAACUCAACACAAUAUCCUCCCAAUUUCGGCUUAACGAGUAACUACCCACCAGCUUAUCAGUUUAGCAGGUUCCCCAACCCUUUAUACCAACUCAAUACCGCACCCCAAGUUCAAGAACUGAAUCCACAGUCAACAUGUUUCAGCAGUAACUCGACAUCUGAUGAAGCAGAUGAGCAACAACUAAGCAUAAUAAACGAGAGGAAGCAAAGAAGAAUGAUUUCAAACAGAGAAUCUGCAAGGCGAUCACGCAUGCGCAAACAGAAACACUUGGAUGAGCUUUGGUCACAAGUAGUCUGGCUCCGUAACGAGAAUCACCAGCUCGUAGACAAGCUGAACCAUGUAUCAGAGAGCCAUGACCAAGUAGUCCAAGAAAAUGUUCAACUCAAGGAAGAAGCUUCAGAGCUUCGUCAAAUGCUUACCGACAUGCAGCUGAACAGUCCUUAUCCUUACUUAAGAGAGCUUGACGAUGAUCCCAGCAGUGACUUGGCCUAAGCAUGAAUGAUGUACUCAUAUUUCUUCCUCAGUUUCCUGAUUUGUUACUGAGAUAGAUGCUGUGAUUUUUGUCUUAUCUUGAUGCCUUUAGCCAAUUGUUGUUGUCUCGAUCUAUAAGAAUCACAAUCCAGUUAUUAUCCAUAUGAGUUAACAGUAAGCUGCAAUAAAGUCUAAAUAAAUCCAAUGAUAUUGUCAAAAAGGCUAA